AUGGCGCCUGCGAGGGCCCUGGCGUGGUCUCUGCGACUUCUCGUGUUGCUUCUGCUUCGGCAGGCCGUCGCCGAUUGGAUCAAAGGCACGGCCGGUGACAGCUGCGAUGAAACUUGCGUUGCUGCAGGCCAGGUAUGUAGUCAGGAUGGAACCCGGCGGGUGGACGCCGAAUUCGAGAUGCAGUAUUUGAUGGAUCAGAACGUGACGGAUUGUAUUGCCGAUCAAGACGGCGACCCCUUCCGUGUGGUGACCGACAGUGGCUCGUUCCCUGGCCGCUACGUUGCUGUUAACACCCGAGUACUCAAGGUUCUGUGA